AUGAUACGGAGUAUUACAGAAAGAAAAGGGAGAGAUAUGAGAUAUGAAGAAAAAAGUCGCUUGGAUAUUAUUGAUUGGUUACAUUGUUUAUUUCUUAUUGUUUUUUUAAUAAAAAAUAAUAGUAACAAAAACAAUAAUAAUAAAGUUUUUUGUAUUGUUAUAUUCAAAGUUUACACUUUUAUUUUUUGUUUGUACUUAUUUAAUAAAAGUAUUUAUGUACAUCACAAUUAUCAACAUAAAUUAUAUUUCAAUCACUUUGUUAAAGUUCAUUCCAAAAAUUUGAUACAAUCUCCGAAAUUUUUUAUAAAAAAUGAGAGGCCAACAGUUACACAUUGUAAAAAUACAGAUAGUAAGUUAGGGAAUUUUUACUAA